UCGACCAUGCAGCCGAAUGGAUUGUUCCGGGUUCGGUCUCCAAAUGACAUUGUUCCAGGCCACUGCUCGGCUUUCAAACACCAAAACCACCACAAGAGGGAGCCGUUCACAAUAACUGCAGCCAUCACUGCUGGAAAGAGAGAUAGAGAGAGAGGGCACACGGCAGCGCGACCAGAAUACAGAGCAGGCCGAGAUGAUGUGGAAGACCCGGAGCGUGGCGGAGGUCACAUGAUCUCCACCGAUGACCUGGAGUACCCGCGUGAAUAUCGCACGCUGGGAAACAGCACGCGACGCUUCUCCAACGUGGGGUUGGUCCACACCUCUGAACACCGGCACACGGUCAUCGCCGCCCAGAGCCUGGAGGCCCUCACCAACCUGCACAAGGCCGACAUGGAACGCAAGCGGGACGCAUUCAUGGACCACCUGAAGAACAAGUACCCUCCUCAGCACUCCCUACCACCCUCUCCAUCCCCCUCGCAUGGCAGCAUGAGGGGCACCGCAGAGAGAAGCGCACGAGAACAGCAACAGCCAAACUACUGGAGCUUUAAGAGCCGUAGUCCACGUCACUCCCAGUCCACUCAGUCGGGUUUGGCAGACCAGGCGUCUAAACUGUCCUUCGCAUCUGCUGAGUCUCUGGAGACCAUGUCUGAGGCCGACAUGCCGCUGGGCUUCAACCGCAUGAACCGUUUCCGUCAGAGCCUCCCACUCUCCCGCUCUGCAAGCCAGAAUAAACUACGCUCUCCAGGUGUCCUUUUCCUGCAGUUUGGAGAUGAGACCAGACGUGUUCAUAUCACUCACGAGCUCAACAGUUUGGAGACCUUGCACGCACUCAUCGUGCACAUGUUCCCUCAGAAGCUGACAGCGGGAAUGCUGAAGUCCCCAAACACGGCCAUCUUGAUCAAAGACGAAGCGAGGAAUGUUUUCUACGAGCUGGAGGACGUGAGGGACAUACAGGACCGCAGUAUCAUUAAAAUCUAUCGCAAAGAGCCCAUCUAUGCCUCCUAUCCUGCCGCACAUCUGGCCAACGGAGACCUCAGGAGAGAGAUGGUUUAUUCAUCCCGGGACUCCUCACCAACCCGUCGUCUCAACACUCUCCCUUCCUCCUCUGCCUCGCCCUCUUCCGGUUCUCCUUCCCGAUCCCGUCUCUCCUACAGUGGAGGUCGGCCCCCCUCUUUUGCUGGUCCGGGUCACCCUCACCCACAGGGUCCCCAGCAUCCGUCCCACUCCCACCACCCUUCACCCUCUCACGGACAGACUCAAGGCCUAACCACCUCCUCCUCAGCCAUCCUAGAGCGGCGUGAUGUCAAACCCGAUGAGGAGAUGUCUGGUAAAAGCAUGGUCCUCCUGAAGAACGAAGGUCUUUAUGCUGAUCCGUACAGCUUGAUGCACGAGGGUCGGCUUAGUAUCGCUUCUACUCAGUCCCUGGCCACCAUCGCUGACCCCUUUGGCUUCCCAGUGUCAGGAGGUCUGUACCGCAGAGGUUCGGUGCGUUCUCUCAGUACAUACUCAGCUGCAGCACUGCAAAACGACCUGGAGGACAGUCUGUAUAAGCCUGGAGGUUCUCUAUACUCCGAUACUUACAGCAGCUCCACGCUCGGCAUGGGCUUUCGUCUGCCGCCCUCCUCCCCACAGAAAAUUCCCGACGUGCAGCUGCGUGACAGGGAAUCAUUCACUGGGUCUCCCAGCCGAGGGUCGCCUGUGAGAACCACCUUCCGCAAAGACUCCACUUCCUCUUCCGUGUUUGUGGAGAGUCCGAAGUCCAGACCCAGCUCCAGUUCUGAACCCCUAGGAGAUGGGAGUAAGGGACCUGGAUUUGGGUCGUCAUUGUCUGGGCCCGAGACGGACACACGCAGGGAUCGUAUGGAGGCAAUGGAGAAGCAGAUAGCCAGUCUGACUGGACUGGUUCAGAGCGUCCUAACCCGAGCACCAGACAGCGACAGCACCGAGAAGACCGAAUCCACCAGUGACGGCUCCGCCACAGGAACUGGCCGGCUGAAGAAGAAAGCGCUGACUCCAUCUGCUCCGCUGGCACUGAUGCCUCCGCCUUCAUCUGGGUGCUCUCAGGCCUCCACCGUCUCCAGGCUACAGAUGCAGCUUCACCUGCAUGACCUACAACAGAAUUCCACCGAUCUGCGCAAACAGCUCGCACAGCUUCGUAAGAUGCAGCUGCAGAACCAGGACUCCAUACUCAGUCUGCUGAAGAGGACCGAGACAGAGCUGAGUCUCCGUCUAUCAGAUGCGCUGAGAAAACAGGAAGACCCUCUCCAAAGACAGCGCCUCCUAGUGGAAGAGGAGAGACUCAAGUAUCUGAACGAGGAGGAACUCAUCAUACAGCAACUGCAUGAUCUGGAAAAGUCAGUGGAGGAAAUCCAGAAGGAGAUGUCUGUCAAUCACCGACAUGUGACAGUGCAGGAGCUGGAGGAGAAAAUCUCGCUGCUGAGGAAACUGGGAGAGACUCUUACGGAGCUGAAGAAUCUUUUCCCAGGGCUCCAGAGUAAAAUGCGUGUGGUGUUACGAGUGGAAGUGGAAGCUGUGAAAUUCCUGAAAGAGGAGCCACACAGACUGGACGCCCUGCUUAAACGCUGCAAAUCUAUCACAGACACACUCUCCACGCUGAGGAGGCAGGUGAAUGAAGGAGUGUGGAAGACCCAGGAUGAGUAUUCCAGCCCCUCCCCUAAACUCGGAGGAGGGGAUGAGUACAGGAAGAACCCAGACUUCGACAUUCCAACCAGCCCACCGCUAAGCCUCAAUGAGACCAGCCUGGCUAACUGGAGCCCUCACUCUGGUCAAAGACACAGCCACUCGAACCCUUCUAGUGCACAGCGUGAGAAAGAUUCUCAUGGGGUGGUGGGCUCGUUAAAGGGACGGGAGCUGGGCGAGCUGGGAGGUCGAGGCGGGUCUGAUAAGGCCUCAUCUGUGGAAGUGAGACUGGCAGCAGAGCGGGAUUGGGAAGAAAAGAGGGCCAGUCUGACACAGUACAGUGCUCAGGACAUUAAUCGACUGUUGGAGGAGACUCAGGCUGAGCUCAUGAAGGCCAUUCCUGACUUGGACUUUGCUGCCAAGCAGAUCCGACCUGCUCAGAACCAGAUUCAAAACCAAAACCAGAGCCCCAGUCCGUCUAACACCAAUGCCACACCUGAACACAAGCCUAAUAAACCUCAGAAUAAACUUUCCAGUAAAGAUAGCGGAUCUAGACGAGGCUCGGAUGAACUGACGGUGGCAAGGUAUCGAACGGAGAAGCCCGCAAAAUGCCCCCCUCCUCCACCUCCCCGCCGAAGUUUCCCCUCCUCUCCUGGGCUUACUACACGCAGCGGAGAGAUGAUCAUUCCUGGAAAGAGUAUAAAGAAGUCAGAAUCAGAGGAGACCGAGUCUCAGAAGCCACACGUUAAGCUGAGGAGGAGUGUAUCCGAAGCCCCCCGACCAGCCUCCACCUCACUAAAGCUGCUUCCUUGA